AUGGACCCUGCGGAAGAGCAACAGCAAGAACUCGAGGUUCUUCAAUCGAUUUACCCAGAUGAGCUUGAAAUACUUUCAGACACUCAUUUUACCAUCACCUUGAAGUUAGAAACAAAAUCUGACCGGGGCCAUUCGGUCAUCUUGGAUGUCACUUACACUCCAACGUACCCGGAAGAGGUGCCUAAAUUGGAGGUCAAGACUGUCAGUGAAGAGCUUCCUGAACCAUCUGAUAGUGAAGAAGAUGACGAUGACAAGCCUCAGUUGGUACAUCUUUCCGAACAGAUUGAGUUUGGCAAAUUGGAUGCUGUAUCUUUGACGAAAAAAGUAGAAGAAGAGGCAGAAAUCAAUGUUGGAAUCCCAUCCAUCUUUGCUUUGGCUGCAUUGCUCAAGGAUGAGGCCGAGGCUUUGUUUCAAGCAAAAUUAGACGCUGCUCAGAAGAAGUACGAGGAUGAGCUACUAGCGAAAGAGGCAGAGGAGCAGAAGAAAUUCUUGGGAACACCGGUUACCAAAGAAUCAUAUGCCGAAUGGCGUGAAAGGUUUAGAAAAGAAAUGCAAAUUGAGAAGAAAGAUAGACAAAGGUUUGAGAAAAUGCAUAACGGCAAGAUGACUGGUAGAGAAAUCUUCGAAAAGGGUUUGGCUGGUAACGAAGAUGACAAAGAUGUUGAUGAUGUUGCUGAUUCGGUCCUUAAAGUGUCCGUCAGCGGAUAG